CCGCAUGUUCCCGUUCGAGCUUCGUUGCGACUCCUUCCGUUUCUACAACUCCAGCAGCUUGGUAUUCAGUGCUUCUCCCAGCGUCGAGCUACUUUCGAGUGUGAUCCGCUUGGAGAACGCCUGUCUGCCCUCUGGAGUUCCGUGUAGUUCUGUCACGUUUCCGGUUCCUGCGACCAGCGUGUGCUGCACGACGUUCCAGCCUUCCUCGUUGUACGUGCGUGCAGUGCACCCAGAGCCGUUCCUGUUUUCGUCUGACUCCAUCAACAUGAAGAGGACUUUGACUGGAGUUCCCGCGUCAGCCGGCCAGCCCUCGACAUCGGGAGCCUGCCAGCCCUCGACCUCGGGGACCAGCCAGCUUGCAACAUCUCAGGUAUGUGCACCGUCAUCUGGGAAUGGGUGUGCAUACUGUGGCAAGUUCUUUACUGUUAGCCAUAGUGCCAGACGGCAUGAGCGUGCGUGCCAGGCCAAUCCCGGCUCUACUACCGGAAGCCAAUUCCAUAUCUGCGGUAAGACAAUAAGCCGCAAAGACAGCUUGACCCGCCACAUUAGAACAUGUGAGGGCACCGUCGAGCAAAGCUCAGGCUCGAGGUGCAUUUACUGCGGGCAGCAAUUCACAUAUAGCCGUGAUGCCAGACGCCACGAAAAGAGCCAGUGCCAGUUCAAUCCUGGUCGUAUUAGCUAUAAAUGCGUACAGUGCCAGGGCGAAUUCACACGUAAAGAUACGUUGUUUGUGCACAUCAAGACGUGCAAUGGCCUGGCUCCACAGGCCGCUAAGAGACGGCGCACGGACGAGCCCUCUGGCCUGCAACAGCCCGGCCCCAGCACUCGCCCGCAAUACGUGGCGAGUGUGCCCGACCAGGCAUAGCGAGACUUGGAGGCGCAAGCGCCUGACCAGGCUCAGGUUGACUUGGAGGCAGGCGGUUCCGGGUUUGUUGAGGCGGAGAGCGCGUUCCGCAGAAAUUUGAAAACGUCAGUGGCAGUCAACAAUAGUGCGACCAAAGAUAUUUGCACGUACCUGGGCGAAAUGAAAAAUAACUUGAUCGAUCGCAUUUCCCAGGAAGUACGUGAAAAUGGCCCAGUAAAGUUCAAUGUAUGGCUUGAAUGUGAUUAUGCCAAGCCCGCUCCCUUCGAUGAAGGUGUAGACAAGAGUGCAUUCAAGACGAAGAAUAUACCCAUCUAUGAAGAGAGCGACAUUGAAGAGGCAGUAACGGAAUGUAUUGAGAAAAUAUGUAGGGAGGAAGACGAAUAUGUAAGUAAAGGCUCGGGGUGGACUCUGUCUGCAGUGAGGAAAAUUCAGCUACGUUUCAACAAGUUAGUACCACUGCGAGUCUCCUCCUACAUUGGUCUACCAUCCACAAUCAAGAACAGGAAAGCAUGCAUAAAUCCCAUGAACCUGGAAGAUAACGAGUGCUUCAAGUGGGCCAUACUGGCGCGGUACGUGGAGGGGGAGAAUCCACGCCGAGUCGGCCAUCGCUACCACGACCUGCAAGGUAAAUUUGAUUUUUCAGGGCUUGAGUUCCCCACCCCCUCCACCAAAUCAAAGUGUUUGAGAGGAACAACGAAGAUGUGUCUGUCAACAUCUACAGCAUCGAUGAGAACAACAAGAUCGCGCCAGUGCGUGUGGGGAAGGAGGAAAAGCAACACAAUUUCGACCUCCUGUUGCUAACGUCCGAAGAUAAGAACUCGCACUUUUUUUACAUAAAAAAUUUCUCAAGACUCGUCAGGCCCCAAAUCACAGCCCAUCAUGCGAAUAUACAUGUGUGUAAGAGAUGCUUCACGUACUAUCACGAUUUGCCACGAGAUUCAGGACUGACAGGGAAGCAGUGUCUCGACGCGCACAAGAAAUUCUGAAGCACACAUGCUCCUGUGCGCGUCGAGAUGCUUAAAGCUGACAAGAACGGCAAGCCACCUGUCCUGGAAUUUAAAAACUUCCACCACAUGUCAAAGAUGCCCAUCGUCGUUUACGCAGACUUUGAGGCCAUGCUCCUGCCCAUCUCAUCAUGCCAGCCAGACCCCAGCAAUCGAGCACACAGGCCUACCAGAAGCACGAAGCCUUUAGUUAUUGUAUAUAUGUCAAGGUGGAUAAUGAUGUGAUCCCAGCCACACUCACCACCUCGCUGCCGCAAGAGCCGAUUCUGUACAGGGGUCCCGAUGCUGAGACAAAAUUCGUGGAGGUCAUAGUUAAUAUCGGAAAUCAGGUUAAGGACAUAUACGAGACGAGCCUGCCAAUGACGUCGCUGACGACUCAAGAAUAUGUCAGCUUCGUCGCAGCCCAUCAGUGUUGCUACUGUAAAAAGUCAUUCACGGCCUACAACAUCAAAGUAAAGGACCACGACCAUUUUAGUGGUAAAUACCUUGGUGCCGCCUGCAACAGCUGCAAUCUCCUGCGCAGGCGGCCCAAGAAGCUUGUUGUGUACUUCCACAACCUGGGUUAUGAUGAAAAGUUUAUCAUCAAAAAACUGGGCUACGACAACAAGGAAAUAUUUAUUAUUCCCCACACGCAAGAGAAAAUGAUUACAAUCUCUAAGAAUCUGGGCAACAAAUUCUCCAUACAGUUUAUCGAUACAUUCAGGUUCAUGGCACGAAGUUUGGCGUCCCUUGCGUCGUACCUGCCAGCCGACAAAUUCGUUGAAACAUCAAAAUUCUUCACCCAAAAUGAAUUGAAUCUUGUAACAAGAAAAGGUGUGUUCCCCUACGACUACGUGACCUGCUGGGAAAAACUUGACGAGCCACAACUGCCUGCGAAAGAGGAGUUUUACAAUAUAUUAAAUGACAGCCAUAUCAGCGAUGCAGAAUACAGACAUGCGCAGGCAGUGUGGAGCGAGUUCGGCUGCGUGACCCUUGGUGAAUACAGCGACGUCUACCUCAAGACGGACAUGCUGCUGCUGACGGAUGUGUUCGAAAACUGUCGACAGCUCUGCCUCAAGACCUACGGCAUCGACUGCAGCCACUACGUCAGCGCGCCAGGGUUCACGUUCGACGCAAUGCUAAAGCAUACAAAGGUACAGCUGGAGUUGAUGACCGACUACGACAUGCACAUGUUCGUCGAAGCUGUGAUCAGGGGCGGGGUUGCUCAAGCGGUCAAGCGCCACUGUAAGGUCAACAACGUCUGCCUUCCCUGCACCUACGAUCCCAGCCAGUCAUCAACCCACGUCAUGUACCUGGACGCCAACAACCUCUAUGGAUGGGCCAUGUCCCUGCCUCUUCCCGCCAACGGCUUCAGGUGGGCGGGCACGGACAUUGACGUCAUGAUCAUACCGGACGAGGGGCGGAUGGGGUACAUCCUACAAGUGGAUGUUGAGUACCCAUCCGCCCUGCAUGACAAGCACAAGGACCUGCCGUUCCUACCCAUCAACAAGUGCCCGCCCGGCUCGCUUACACGCACGUCGAGGCUGGAGUGGCACCUAGAUGGUGACUGCGGCACGGCGCUCAGGAUCUAG